AUGUCUGUUCAUGGACCUGAAGUGCGAAAGAUUACUAAUAAAAAUCUAGUAUUUAGGCUUGCUUAUGAUACAAUACCAUUGAGUUCUGAUACUAUGGAUGUGAUGUGGACGAAAUCAAAACAAAACAGCCAGAGUAAGUGUCGAUCGGGUGCAAUGGAAUCCUUCAUUCUGUCUACAAGUUCCUUGCCAGUAGCCUCUUCCUACAAGCGGCAUCUGGGAUCUUCACUAAUCGAAUGCACCAGGUCCUGUCUUAGUGACGACCACUGCCAAUCUUUCACCUUCCUCAAGAGCCAGAACGGGAGCGAAUGUCGAAUGACCUCUAGUGCGGCUGAUUCGAAAAAGCGGAUGAUCGAUCUCACCUUGACUCCAACUUCAGGAACAUACUACAUGGAAAAAGUUUGCUUGAAAGGAGCUUGUGAUCGUCUAUUUGUUGCCGAAUCACUUAGAGGAAUGGAGUUGACGAACUAUAACGAUCGAAUUAUCAGUAAUGUUACUCGACUAUCUUGCAUCGAAUCCUGCCUGAACAGCAAAGAUUUGGAAUGCCGAUCCGUGGAGUUUGAUUCAAAGACAACAGAAUGUAGGCUAAGUCGAUACGAUAGAUUUAGUCGGAAAUCGGAUUUUAAGAAAUCAACGUCAGCUUCGAUCGAAUAUCUGGACGUCACCUGCCCAUAUCAAUUGCCCGAAGACGUCCCAGCGGCCGAAAUUGUUCUAUUGGGAAACGUCGAACAUCCCUACAGCCUUAUAGAAUACGAGGGCGUGACCGCAGCGGAAUGUAGUGAGCUUUGCUUGCGGAACAUCCUCUUUCCCUGCAGGUCCUUCUUAUCCGGCCAGCAGGACAAUAAACUCUACUGUGGACUCACGCACCAGAACCGAGAGGGCCUUAUUCAAAAUCCAGGCAGCCUCCUCAGCUCAAGAAGCCUCAAUUACUACGAGAUUACUAGAAGCAUUGAAGGGUGUGAUACGGAUGACAUUAAAUUUGAAUUGGUGUCCGGAGCAACACUGAAUGCGAAUUCCUAUACUGCAGCAUCGAAUUUGUCUCCGUCCGAAUGCUUGGAACAAUGUAGAAACGACAAAAGAUGUCGCUCAGUGAGCAUUGACUACCAAAAACACACUUGUGACUUCAACUCAGAGAGCAUUGGUCAUUCCUUAGAUGUGAAACUACAACAGCUUGGAAACUUUAAUUAUUUUGAAAAAGUCUGUUUGCCUGGAUCCCAAUGCAAGAGAGAUUGGGCUUUUGAAAGGAUACAAAACAAAGAGCUAGUUGGGAUCGAGCAAGAAAAAGUACUUGUUGAAGCUUACACAAAAGAAGAGUGUCAAGCUGCUUGCAUUAGAUACAAAGAUUUCCUCUGUCUUUCUGCCGAAUUCAACUAUCAACUCGGUGAAUGUCGACUUAGUCCUUACAACAGGUUCUCCUCAAGUGAAAAAACUGUCACGCUGAGUAGCACAAAGUUUGCUGGCGAUUACUUUGAAAAUAAUUGUGCCAAGGAGCCAAGAGGAUUUUGCAACUCAAAGCUUGUUAAAAACUUACGGCUUCUUUUAAUCGACAAGCUAACAGUAGGAGGGACGAUUGAAGACUGUCGACAGGACUGCUACACCACAGAAGAAUUUACGUGUAGAUCUGUCACUUUUGACUCACUCUAUAAAACUUGUGGGUUGUCUCAUCACACCCGAAAAUCGGCUCAUCAAGACGCUUUAAUACGAACGGAUAAUUUUGAAUUUUUGGAAGUUUCCACAUGCUUUGAUGUUUCAGUUGAUUGCAGUGAAAAAAUUAUGCUCGCCACGGUUAAAACGAACUCCAUGUUUAAGGGAAAAGUAUAUGCUAAAGGAAAGCCAUUAACAUGUUCGAUGGACGUCCGCAAUAGUCUUGAGUUCCAGCUUCCAAUUCCUUUAACAGGUCCUGAUUGUGGAACUACUUCUGAGGAAGAAGGAAAAUUCUCCAAUGUUCUUGUCAUUCAGAGUAACGAUCAUGUAGUCACAGCAAUGGACAAAGCAAUUGGUAUUCAUUGUUCCUAUGAUGUUGGAAACAGAACUGAAGAAACUGAUGUGAAUAUUACAGACCCGGGUUCAAGUGACAAAACUCGAGGAUCUCCCGCUCUUCCUGAUUUGUCUUUGCACAUCGUAGAUAUGCAGGGUCAAGAAAGAGAAACUGUUGCUCUUGGAGAAAUCUUACGAGUGCAAGUUCGAAUGUCCGAUGAAAAUACGUAUGGAAUUUUCGUCAGAAAUCUCGUAGCGAAAGAUGGUUCCGGAGGCAAUAACUUAACUUUAAUUGACAACACAGGGUGUCCUGUUGAAGCAAAGAUGAUGAGAGAAGUGCGAACAAUUGAACCACAGAGUAAGUCAUUAGAAGGUUACUUGGAAGCCUUUACUUUUACUGGAAGCAGCCUCCUAGAAUUGGAAGCGGAAGUGGAAACUUGUCUUGAAAACUGUAAACCGGUACUGUGCCAGAUUCCAACUGGGAGACGAGACGAUGACACAGAGACUGUCUCGUCUUUUGGAAGAAGAAAAAGAUCAUCUGAUCAGUCAGUUCUUGCCUCUGUUACACUAUCAAAAAGCGUUGCUAUACAAGCAGAUGAUUUUCAAGGAUCAAAUUCAAUUGUUCCUGAAAAUUAUGCAUCACCUGUUACUGCUCCUUCUCCAAUUGAUUUGAAUAUUGAAGGAUUAUUUCACAAAUUUGGCCAAAGACCUGAAAAUAAUGAGCACAUAUUCUGCUUUGAUCCCACAAUGUUUGCUUUGUUAGGUGGAGGAUUUUUCUUAGCUGAAAUAUGUGGAUUUUCAGCUUGUUUGAUUGCUGUAUGCCGUUGCAAGAGCAGCAAAAAGACUACUAUUGAGAACAAGAAGCGCCAUCUCUCGAUUCAUUACGGAAAUAGUGGAGAAUCGUGUUCGGAUGUGCCCAGAAAAUAAUUUCAUUGCUGGAAAUAUUUCUCAAUGCAAUUCUUUACGCAGU